CUGGGUGGAGCUGCCUGGUGACAGGAGCAGGAGGGUUUCUGGGCCAGAGGAUGGUCCGUAUGUUGGUACAGGAGAAGGAGUUGCAGGAGGUCAGGGCCCUGUACAAAGUCUUCAGACCACAAAACAGGGAGGAAUUGUCUAGUAAGUGAGCUGAUGCUUGAGUGUCUGGCUCUAUUAUGAAUCCUGAGUGUGCAUUGGAAGUGCCUAUUUGUCCAGAAAAUGAAGGAAAUUUGUAGUCAUAAGACCUCUCCUCCUAUAUCUGCAUGACCAGAGGAAUCAGUUGGCAGUGUCAAAAUAACACUGUGAAGCUCUCCAGUGACUGAAUUCUGACACAAACCAGAAGUAGACAUGGUGGCCAUCACAGACAGUGGACUUCUAAGACACAUCGGUUCUCUCCUCUGCCUACAGAGCUUUAACAUGCUGAAGGACUGGGACUUGGCAAGUGAUAUGCAAAAUUUACAAAGGGCUGUUCAGCAGGAGACCCUAGCAGUAGGACAAUAUAUCUCUUGUCCUAUGUCGUCUUUGUCUGUUGACUUACAGACAAAGACCAAGGUGACAUGGCUGGAAGGAGACAUUCUGGAUGCCCACUGUCUGAGGAGAGCCUGCCAGGGCAUCACAACUGUCAUGCACACAGCCGCUAACAUCAGUUUCAGUGCCAGUCAGAGGGAGACCAUCAUGGAUGUCAAUUUGAAAGGUACCCAGCUCCUGUUGGAGGCCUGCAUCCAAGCUAGUGUGCCAGUUUUCAUCUACACCAGCUCAGCAUCUGUGGCUGCACCUAACUCCUAUAAGGAGAUCAUCCAGAAUGGUCACGAGGAAGAGCAUCAUGAAACUACAUGGACUGCUCCAUACCCAUACAGCAAAAAGCUGGCUGAGAAGGCUGUGCUGGCAGCUAACGGGAGCACUCUGAAAAAUGGGGGCACCUUGUGGACUUGUUCUUUAAGGCCCCCGUACAUCUAUGGGGAAGGAAGCCCUAUACUUUCUCAUCUUGUGAUGGAGACCCUCAGAAACAAUGGGGUCCUGAGAAGAAUAGGCAAGCAUUCUGAAGUCAAUCCAGUCUAUGUGGGCAACGUGGCCUGGGCACACAUUCUGGCCUCCAGGAGCCUGCGGGACCCCAAGAAGGCUGCAAGCAUUGGAGGACAGUUCUACUACAUCUCAGAUGACACACCUCACCAAAGCUAUGAUGAUCUUCAUUACAACCUGACCAAAAAAUGGGGCUUCCAGCCUGAUUCCAGGCAGAGCCUUCCUCUCUCUCUGAUGUACUGGCUUGCCUUCCUGCUGGAGGCAAUGAGCGUCCUCCUGAGUCCCAUUUACAAAUAUCAGCCCCCCUUUGACCGCUAUUUACUGACAAUAACAAAUAGUGUGUUUACCUUCUCCUACAAGAAAGCUCAGCGAGAUCUGGGUUAUAAGCCUUUAAACACCUGGGAAGAAGCCAAAGAGAAAACUGUGGAGUGGAUUGGUUCACUAGUGGAAAAACACAAGUGAGCACUGAGGGAAAAGGCUCACUGAUGGGCAGAUGGCAGGGAUGGGGACCUUGGUUUUGUCAGGAGCUAUAUGUUCAGUUCCUCCAAAUGGCUCCCUCUAGAAAGUGACAAAUGAACCAUCUAAGGUCCUUUGACAUAAUGAUUACAAUGGGAGUGACACAACGUAAAGAUUUCCUUGGCCACAAGGAGCCUCUUUGUUCCAAUUCCCUUCUCCAGUGCUAAAGCAUUUCUUCUCUUUGAACAUCUCCCAUUCCUUCAUAAAGCUUAAUGAAAACAUCAGGCUGGGGGCAGGGACACAUGCUUAUACUCAGGGUCAGAAGCAGGAGGUUUGCAAGAUUGAAAACAUCCUCAGCCUUUUAGUGAGACCCUAAGCAACUUAAUAAAACCCUGUCUCAAAAUUUUAAAAAUUAAAAAUUAAAAAAAGUGCUGAGGAUGUGGUUUAGUGGUUAAGCUCCACUGGGUUCAAUCACUGGUACCAACAAACAAACAAUAAAGGACCCAGAAAUUGUCAUGACAGAAGACCAAUAAAUUUAAAAUGCAUACCAGGAGAAAGCGUGUUUCUAUGAAGACACUUUUCCACUCUCCCUUCAUACCCGGGUAUGGCCACCUUUAGGUCAAAACCAGUGCAUAGAUCUGAGUGGGGAGAGAAGUGAUAGGGCCUGAAGGGGAUUUGAGGUUGACUGUAAGACAUGAGGUUCAGUCAUGUACUGAAUUCCUGCGUAGGCCCACAGAUCAAACCCAUAUGGAGUCUCUCCUGCUAAUCUUCACACCCCAAGAAGAAACUGUUCAUCUGACUUCAAAAAAUCAGAAAAGAGAGAGAUAAUGCCUGUUUUCAAACAGGCCAGGUAGAGCCAGCAUGACCAUAAUGUGCACUGUGGUUUAAUAUUUACAAGGAAAGUAACUUUGAAAUAAUCCUUCUGCUUAUGCUGUCUGGUUUGACUUUCUUUAACCCCUUUAUAUGCUGAAAGCCAUCUUGUUUGAUAAGUUCAUUGAACACCCAAAGUUUCGUGGGUGUUAUCUGUAUGUCAAACCACAUGUAAAAUCCAAUGAACAUCCUUAAACUUAACCUGUUGAAAGUUUGCAUUUUGACACCUGGGAAUAUACAAAUCACUAAUUCGGUUGAGUUGGGCUGUCUCUAAGGGUAUAGAUGAAGACUUUCUUCUGAGUAACAAAGAAAAAACACUGAGAAACCACCUGAAACACUUCAAGGGACAAAGAAUCAGUAGUGAGCACAGGAAUGGAGUGUCCCCAAGAAAUAGGUAAAGUGAAAAAUGCAGCCUCCCCUCUGGCAGCUUAGGUGCCUGAAGAACAGAACCAAGUGCUGCCCAGCUCUGCUGAGAUAUGCACUCCUUCCCCGGGUCUAAGCCAGUGGCACAGGAGGCAUAGGAUGUUCUUGAGUUCUUGUCAAGGACCCUCUCUCUCCUUUUUAGUCCAGUGAAAUCCAUCACGGAACCCACCAGGGUAGUCUCACAGGGAUAGGAUGAGGCAUCGUCUCCAAAAGGAAGACAAGUGUGUGAAGGGAUUGGACAGUGGACUGACUGAAGGAACAUGAAGCCUUGGAAUGCUUUGGACAACAAAGUCCACUAUCCCUACAUACACUGGCACAGAAUUGCAGGCAGUCAGAGCUCCUGCACAUAAGCCUACAUGCACCACAUAAAAUACACCACACAGGGGCAGCAGAGACAGGAGACAAUGGCAGCCUGCAUAAGCCCUUUUCUUCCCUUCACUCUGCAGCUCCUGGUAAAGAAUUAAGGAAAAGCACAGGUAGUUUCUCAGUCACUGGUUAAAAAGUUCUAAAUAUCUGAGCAUGGAGAGAGCAGCUGAGCCUAUGAUGUUGGGGAAAACUUCAGAGUGCAGAUGGGAUUUAAAAGCCAAAGGGGUCCAUGCUGGGAACCAGAAGUACCAAAGGGUGAAGUGGCCAGAGGGUGAUGGCCUGUGCAAGUACUUUCAGGAAGUGAGCGUACCAAAUUUUAUGUCAAUUGUUUUGAUCUCUAAAUAUUGCAGAUUAACUCUAUACAUAAAAAAAUUUUUCAAAGUCCAGUUCCAGGAAGGGGACAUGUGUAUAGAUGUCCAAGUUUAAGUGUAAAAUCAUGUUUCUUAAAAACUGGGUGCUAAAAGAGAGCCUACAGAGUGAGAGAAAAUCUUUUCCACAUGCACUUCAGAUUGAGCACUUAAUUUCCAAAAUUUAUAAAGAACUUACAAAACUUUCACCAAAAAUACAAAGAACCCAAACAAUA